CAAAACAUGGCUGAAAAGAUAUAUAUAGCCAUCAGGUUCUGAAUGGCGGAUAUAUAUUUGUAUACACCAGAUAAUCGUCGAUUUACUGCCAUGAGUGCAUCUGGCAAUGAUCAAGAAGUGUACCCAGGUUUUCUUGGAACAAGCAGGCAUUCAAGCCAAGAUCGAGGCAAGAUCAUUUCUGAAGCUAAAGGAAUCCGCAAUUUUCUUUGGAGAUGUGUAGGCAACAAUAGUCAAUAUACAGAUUCUUCAAAUGGCAGGCGGCAUCCUUUUCGUGCUAGUAUAUCUGAGACUGAGAGAUCUCCAAGAGGGAAGAGAGCAUUUCUUUGUGGAGUGAGUUAUAAAGGACAGAAGUUCAAGCUCAAAGGAGCUAUAAAUGAUGUGCGUAGCAUGAAAGAUUUACUUGUUAAACAAUUCAGUUUUCCAGAUGAUUCCAUUCUCAUUCUAUCAGAAGAGGAGCCAUAUAUGUAUCCAACAAGGAAAAAUAUUGAAGGUGGUUUUAAAUGGCUGACAAGGGACCUGCAAUUUGGUGACUCUGUGGUGUUCUACUUUUCAGGGCAUGGCUUACGACAACUUGAUUUUGACAGGGAUGAGAAAGAUGGAUUUCAUAAAACAAUAUGCCCUGUUGAUUUUCAAACUGAAGGAAUGAUUUUUGAUAAUCACAUAAAUGAAACCAUUGUUAGACCACUCCAGCAAGGUGUCACACUUCACACGAUAGUUGAUUCUUGUCACAGUGGAACCGUCCUCGACUUACCCCUAGUGUAUAGCAAAAACGAAGAAAAGUGGGACGAUAAUCGACCUCUAUCAGGAGCUCCUAAAGGUACAAAUGGUGGAAAGGCUAUAUGUUUCAGUGCUUGUGAGGAUUAUCAACAGGCUGCAGACACAUCUGCCCUCUCUCCAGAGAAAGCUAUGACUGGUGCCAUGACGUACACAUUUGUAAAAGCUGUAAAAGAUGCGAUUACAAACAAUCAAAUAAUAAGUUAUCGUGGGAUACUUGACUCUAUGAACAAGACACUUGACAAGGACAACAUAGCAGGAUGUCUCCAUCCUAGAAUUUCUCGACUCUUUCAACGCAAGAUCUUUCAGGAACCGCUGUUAUCAUCAUCCGAAGAGUUCAAUAUCAACACAGAGUUCAAACUCUAGUAUUCCAAGUGGAAUAUAGAUUUCUUGAGACUGAUAAUAUUCACUGGAUUAUAUACAUUCUCAAGGGAUCACUCCAGCAUCUAAAUAAACAUCAUACUACUAAUAACAAUCUACAGGCUGUCCUAUGUUUCUUGCAAACAAUUUUGCACCAGAAGCUGAUGUUGUUCCUCAACUUUCAUAAAUGUAAUAAAACAAAUGUUCCUAUUAAUGACAUGAUCUAUGUAAAAGAAAGUCUGCAGCAAUUAAAUAAGAAAGAUUUCUAAGCUUUUUA